GAUGCUUAAUCACCCAGCUCUUGACAGCAAUUUCAGGGUGACAGCAGAUAAAUAUGUUGUUUACACAGUGCUUACUCAGUUGAUGGACAGCUGAACUUUUGAUUACGUUUUAAGUAUCCGCCAUUUUGAUUUCCAAAUCUGACAGAUUAAUUUUUUUUAGCUGCCUGCCGUCUGCUGAAGUACAAUUUGGACAGUGUCAAUACAGCUCCUCCGCAGGCCAACCACCGUGUAACGGCAGUGUAGCGUUAAAUGACACUGCAACCGGGAACGGGUAGUAUCUCAAAGCUAGCAACGCAGUUAUGAAUAGCCAGCUAUGGGCCUACGAAUGAUCUGACAGCCAAAGUCGCCGAGUUGCCGUUCAGCUUGCAGAUGACGACCGAUAAAAUGAUGGAGAACAGGUUGAAGACAUUCUCUCCUGGUUUUGUGUGUCUGGUGUUGGUAUGAGUGAAGCAGGUGUGUUUGUGUCUUCAUUGUGUGAAUUUGCUAAUGCUGAUUGAUGUCCAGACCAUACAAUGUCAAUAAGGCAAAAGGCUGUUUAGCAAGAUCUGACUGAGAGUACCACUCCUUGUCCAAAACAGCUAAGUGUAUGUGACGCCGCAACGUCAGCCAUGUUUUGGAAGUUUGACUUGCACACGUCUUCUCAUCUGGAGGCUUUACUGGACAAGGAGGAUGUCACGCUCACUGAGCUCAUGGAUGAGGAAGAUGUGCUGCAGGAGUGCAAGGCUCAGAACAGGAGACUUCUCCUGUUCUUGUGCCAGGACCAGUGCAUGCAGGAGCUGGUAUUUAUGAUUACUACAGAGCCCCCUGCUGGUGUAGAGGAGACCAAGCGCUUCAAGUAUCCAAAUAUAGCAUGUGAGCUGUUGACGUGUGAUGUGGGAGUGAUCAAUGAUAAGCUGGGUAAUGAGGAGCCUCUGUUGGAAACUCUGUAUGCCUUCCUGGAGCAGCCGUCCCCACUUAACCCCCUCCUGGCAUCUUUCUUCAGCAAGACAAUUGGGAACCUCAUCACACGGAAGACUGAGCAGGUGAUUAGUUUCCUACGACGGAAGGAGGGAUUCCUUUCCUUGGUCCUGAAGCAUAUUGAUACGUCAGCCAUGAUGGAUGUGCUCCUACGACUUAUCAGCUGUGUGGAGCCCCCUCUUCUUCGACUUGAGACUCUGACUUGGCUAAAUGAAGAGAAGCUUGCCCAGAGACUCAUAGAGCUCAUUCACCCUGAGAGAGAUGAAGAGAGGCAGUCCAAUGCAUCUCAGACUUUGUGCGACAUCAUUCGUCUGAGCAGAGACCAGGCCAAUCAGCUCCAAGAGAUUUCACAGCCUGACCCCUUGCUGACUGUGCUGGAGUCGCAGGAGUCUGUGGAGCAGUUGUUGCAGAAUAUGUUCUCAGGAGAGAGGACUGAGAGCUGUAUCGUCAAUGGGAUACAAGUACUUCUCACAUUGCUGGAAAUCAGGAGGCCUGUGGUGGAUGGUGUAAUGGAUGCUCAGGGAUUUGAGAGAAGUUACACUAUUAACAGCAGCAUUUUGUUGGCCAUCGAACCACACCUGACACACUUCCAUCAGCUACUUCUGGAGCCACCCAAGCGAAAUCCUAUGCUGACUACUCUGGGUGUGCUGGAGGAGCCACUGGGGAACACACGUCUGCAUGUAGCCAGACUAGUCGCCUCUCUGCUGUAUACCAGCUCUGCUAGCCAUGCAGUCGUAGCACAGGAACUCUGCAGACUCAAUACAAUGGACCUGCUUCUGGACUUGUUCUUCAAGUACACAUGGAACAACUUCCUGCACCUUCAAGUGGAGCUUUGUGUUGCUGCAAUCCUCCGGCCCUGUGCCCAUGAAAUGAGACUUCAGCCUGGCUUUGGAUCCCAGGAGAAAUUCAAGCUUCAUCAGGAUGCAUCACAAGAGCAGGCUUUGAUUGAGACCCCUACAUCGGAGACUUCACUCACCCCUGACAACUCUGCACAUAACUUAAUGGUGACUCAUUUGUUCCAGCACUGCCACCUUGUCCAGAGGAUUCUAGAGGCUUGGGAAGAAAAUGAUAAAAUACAAUCAGAAGGUGGUAUGAGAAGAGGGUACAUGGGACAUCUGACCAGGAUUGCCAACACAGUCGUCCACAACCUGGAAAAGGGCCCAGUUCACACACAGAUCAGUGGCCUCAUUACAGAGCUGCCAGAAGAAUAUAGAGGGCGGUGGGAAACCUUUGUGGACCAGACCCUGUCCGAGACCAACAAGAAGAACACCAUAGACCUGGUUGGCACAGGAAACCCGCGUCCUUCCUCAGAGGAUGAUAUGGAGAGCCCCUUUCCGAAAGAACUGACAAUACAGCAGGCCUUUUCAGACUACCAGAUUCAGCAGAUGACGGCUAACUUUGUGGAUCAGUUUGGCUUCAAUGAUGAGGAGUUUACUGAUCACGACGACAGCAUUGGGGCAACGUUUGACCGGAUUGCAGAGAUAAAUAUCAACAUUGAUGGAGGCCAGGACAGUGCCAACACAGCUGUGUUUGAGGCCUGUUCCAAGGAGAGGAUUCAGCCCUUUGAUGAUGAUGAAGAGGACAUCUGGGAGGAGAAAGCGAUCAACUAUGCAACACAAACCAAGUCCCGGAACAGGUUUGGUGGGUCACAGUCCUCCCAAAGCCAAGCAGACAGUAAGGCCUGUGAUAGGACGGCAACUUCUGGCACUGAGGUCUCUGACAGAGCAGCCGACUCGGACUCAGACGAAGGAGAGGAGUCCAAAGAUGGCCUGGAUCCUUUCUCAAGCCAGGGCCAGACUGAGGCAACAAAGAGCACUGGCUGGAUAGCAGACUUUGGGGAGGUGAACUCGAAGGCACCUGCAGCAGGAGGGGGCUUUGCAGCGUGGGACACUCCAGCCUCCCAACCAGCUGCCACAGAUGCAGAGGAGAAAGGGUGGGCCAAGUUCACAGACUUCCAGCCUUUCUGUUGCUCUGAAACUGGCCCCAGAUGCAGUUCUCCAGUGGACUCGGAGCUUAGCGGAUCAGAUAACACCAAACCAAACCAGAACCCAUGUGUGUGGAGUGUGUGUGUGGCAAGAAAAGCUCCACUGGUGGCAUCAGACAGCUCUUCCUCCAGCAGCUCUGACAGCGACGAGGAAGAAGGCAAGACGGAGUCUACAUCCAGUGAGACGGUCACCACAGAGACCAUCACCACUGGUGCUGGCAAAGAGACCAUCCGGCUCACCGUGGACGCUAAAAAUGAGAGGGCAGUCUUCACCAGAGUAUUCAGACCAGCAGUCAGACGUGAAGCGGUUAAGGUGCCAAUAGAGGGGCUCUCUGUGAAAGACAAAGGGAAAGGCGAUGAGAAACAACAACAUGGAGACUGUCCCAACCCAACUACUGCCAGUCCAUCUAACCAGUCGACUGCUGUCACACAAGAGACGGAGCCCUCUACUAAUGGACCGGCCUAACAAUGCGGUACAGGGACACACACACACGCUUAUCACCAGUCCAUUCAACAAACAGCCAUGCCACCUUUGCUUCCUAUUAGCAGCUCUUCAAAGCCGUUUUUUGUGUCCGAAGAUCCUUAAUGUCAAACAGCCCUUAACAGUAUGUAUGUUGUAUGCCACAAAUCUACACAUGGGCUAUUGAUGUCUCUUCUGUACCUCAUGACAUAAUUAAAUCAGAUCCGCUUAAAGGAGAAUGUAUGUUUUAAAGAACAUUUCAUUGUGCAAGACCCCCAAAGCUAAAUUGUGUCACACACAAACUAUUUCUACAUGUAACGUUUCGAUUGAACCUAGGAUAGUAAAACACAAUUGCUUGUUGUGAUGAGCAGAGGUGACACUGAGUGUCUGCGUGCCAGCUGGUGCACUUUAAUCUAAAGAAAAACAAACACAUCAGUCUGAAAUUUGAAUCGUUUAUUAAAUUCAGCAUCAGAAUUUCAGAUUGUUUGAGCAUGUCUGCUCUCUGGGCAUUAAGUCACAGCCCAGUGAAUUUUUCUAGCACAGCAUUUCAUGUUUACACUUUAGUAAAGAAUACUGUAUUCAAAUAAUCAGCCAAGAUUACAAAAGCCAAGAUGCUUGCAAAGCUAGCUGCCAUUUAGUCUUCAGCAUUUCAAUGUACAUGCCAGGCAGACAGUUUAUUAGUGCAAAUGCGUGAGUGACAAUAGUUUGGCUUUUUUUUCAAACAUCCAGUCCAAGUCUCAGUCCAAGUAAGAUUUCUUUGCUUUUAUCAUGUGGAACAUUAAUGCUCUCUUUUUGUUGAUUUGGAGCAUGAAGUCUCACUUUCUCCUCAAACCUCUGACAGAUUCAUGUAGUUUAGAGGUGUGUGUGUGCGUGUGUUUGUGUGUGUGUGUGCGUGCGUUUGUGUGUGCGUGUGUAUGUGUGUGUGUGUGUGUGUGUGCGUGUGUGCGUGUGUGUGUGUGUGUGUGAGUGUGUGAGCUCUGCCUAAGGUACAGAGUGCAUUCUCAGGUCAAAGGAGAGGUAUGCAGAUACAAAGAAAGCACACCUGUGUAACACACACACAACACACACACACACACACACACACACACAUACACACUGUGAUAUGCACAAGUGUACACACAACCAUAUCUGUACAUGCGCCAAAAAAAAAAAAUCCCUGCGAGACACAGUGAUGUGCACAUACCAAUUCAUAUCACCCUCAGAGCUGUUUAAAUGUAAUAUUGUGAAAUUUGAACCUGUAUUAGGUUGUGACUAUUCUUGGUAAUAUGUAAGCGUAAUAUAAAUGUAAACAGUAUAUAUAAACAUUAUAUCUAUUUUUGGAAUAAAUCCAAUGUAUGGAAAGGCGAUUUUUUUGCAGGUUGCAACGUGUGUAUUGUAUGUGUGUUGUACUGUUGAAAUGAGGCAAUAAUGAUGUCUGUGUUUCGAUUAAUAGCCCAGCAUCAGUUCCUGUUCCUCUGCUACAUGCUUCCUACAUGGAGGUUUGGAGGUGUGUGUGUGUGUGUGUGUGUGUGUGUGUGUGUGUGUGUGUGUCUGUGUCUGUGUGUGUGAGAAUGUGAAUCUGCAGUUCGUCUUCCGUAUUAGUUACUUAAAGGAUCAUUCCGGUUUAUUAUAACUUGGGUCUUUUGUUAGUCACAAACUACCAGGUUAACCAAUCUUAUUGGGAUAAGAAAAUGAAGGUGAACAUUAAAAUAAUACAAAACUGUCCUUUGUAAACAUUCAUCACAGUUGAGACCAAUAUACUGCUUCAACUUUUAUCUUUUAUCAUAUAAUUUGUGAGCACAUAUAGUACUUUUCCUAUGUAAUGAGGGAUUAUUAUCAACUAGAGAUAUCUUUGGGUUUUGGACUGUUGGUCAGACAAAACGAUAUAUUUCAUUUCAAUUAUGGUGGACGUUUUUCCAUUAUUUCCUGCAGUUUAUAGACCAAACAAUGAAUCAAUUAAUCCAAAAAAAUAUUUGUCAGAUUAAAGCUGCCCUGUGGAGUUUUUUCUUGUAAACAAACAAAAGUUAAGUUUACAUUCAGUGUUGCUCAGUAAAAUGCACUGUGUUUAUGUUGUAGUUAAGUUGUAAUAAACCAAAAUGAUCCUUUAAGUCUGCGUGUGCCCAUCAUGCUUUACUUUAUCUUUCUCCUCGUCUCUCUCUUUCUCAGGGCAGGAGUUGACUUUAAUUGCAUAUAUGCCUACGGAACGAUUUACAUAGAUUGUUGUAUUUAUUUUAAAAGCACUUUUUCAAGAAGCACUUUUUGUUUGUAUUUGGUGGUGCCGAGGGCCACCAUAUUAUUCCCUACUCAGAGAGGUGGGAAAGUUUGACAAGUGGAUCAUGUAGAUACUUUAGAUAUAUCUUUUCUUCAAUGCUUUCAGCCAAAGUGUGUCUUCCCACCAGUGUACAACUGGGUUUCAUUAUGUGUGAAGUAGCAUCCUUUCUCACAAUGGUCUUACAGGUCUAGAUUUAUCUAAAGCAAUCUUUCCAUGUGUUUUUCUUCUGUAGUCAUGUGAUGGAGUUAUCAGCAGUAGGAGAGGAUGCCACAUGUUUUAAAAAAAGAAAAAAAAAGACUGAAGAUUCAUCUUAGAUCACACAAUUUUUGCUUUUAUCUGUUAGACGCUUUGAGCUGUUUAAAGUGGAGCUGUACAGAGAGUUAGGAUUGGUUUCAGUCAGGGUUGGAGAAGAAAAACAGGGCUGUUUUUUUUUUUGUCAGGGUUAUGUACAGGGUCAGAAUGUGUCAUCCCGUCUAUUGUCAGACCUAAGCACUGCAUCUGACCCUUACCUGUGUGUGUGUGUGUGUGUGUGUGUGUGUUGUGUGUGUGUGUGUGUGUGUGUGUGUGGAUUUCCUUCACCUUGAGAGUGUGGUGCGUGUGCAGUGUAGCUACGGGUAUGGUGUGAUGUUAUGCAUAAUGGCAUGAGGUACAAUACAGUCAUCUUUAAGUGCCAUUAAGUUUGCACAUUAGCCUCAUUCACCUCAUUUUGCUGUAUUGAACAGUGUGUUUCCACAACUUUAAUUGAGAGACAAUGGAUGAUAAGUUUUUACUUCAUCCCAUUGUUACUUACACUGAGGCCAUUUCAAAAUCUUUCUCACAUUAUAGCUUAUUACAUUAGUUUGUGUGUGUGUGUGUGUGUGUGUGUGUGUGUGUGUGUGUGUGUGUGUGUGUGUGUGUGUGUGCGUGCAUAGGGGAAGUGGUGUGAAAGACAGCUGUGUUAUAAAAUGCCUUUUUUGUAAAGUGGACUGAUGCUGGUGUUUUUUUUUUUGUUUGUUUUGUUUUCUUCAUUUAGAGAGUAAUGUGUCUGUUACCUGUUGUCAAUUUAGCUUGUACAUUCAGAUAUGAACCUAAUAAAUGUCAGACAAAGA